UGACAUAUUUUGACAGUUUGCGGCUUCAGAGUUCAGCGUGCGAUUUACCCAAGGUUUACCAUACUCUAGCCCAUAUCUGGCCAAUAGCCAUAUACAAUAUGUUUAUCGUUUAACCUAAGGAAAUAAAAAUUUACAUUUUAUUAUAUUGAAUGUAAUACGGAAAAACAACCAGAUAUAGACUUACCUACUAUUUAAAUCAUAUCUGUAGUAUCGUUAAAAUAAUUAUGGAGUUUUUCGAAAGAGCACACGUUAUAAAACAUGAUUCAAAGCGUAAAAAGUCAACGGAAAAUGUAAAAAAACAACUGAAACAAAUGUUGUAUGGAUAUAAAGUAAGUGAUAACAGACUCAUUCAAAAUUCUGAUAAUAUUGAAAAUGAUUUAGAGGAAUCAGAGUCAGUGAGCGGAUUUUCAGACCUUAAUUUGACUAACUCUAGUCUUGAAGAUGACCCUACAUGUGAGUCCAUAACCCAAAGAGACAGUAGUUUGCUUAAUUUAAAUGAAAAUUUAACUUUAUCUAAUUCAAUAUCAAUGCACUCUGAUGAUAAUCUAAAAAAGGAAGACUAUUUAAAGGAGAGUUCAAGUUCUGAAACUACUGAACACAUAGAAUCUUUACGUGAUGAUAUUAGUGAAGAAGAAGAAACAAAAUCUUCAGGUGAAAGUGAUAGGUCAACAGUUAGUGAAGUUAUGGAAUCCUUCACUGAUUCUGAUAAAUCAGAUGUUUUUGAUGCGGAUGGGCAACUUGCUACUGAAAUUCUUAAAAAAUUAGAAUUAAGGAAUAAUAAAAAAUACAAAGGCAAACGUAAAUAUAGUGAAAUUACUGGUGAUAAGUACACCACCGAAGAGGAGGAUAUUUUCAGAGAAUAUGAAUGUAAAAAUCAAAUAGAAGACCACAUACUCCAAACUAGUGAAGAGGAUUAUGCUUUGCCCCUUUAUCAUAGUGUAGCGAGUCAUGAAUAUGAUUCUGACAUCCCAGAAUCUCCCCCUUAUGUAUCUAUAACAGCCAUAGACAUGCCGAAUCAAAGAUUAGAUGAAAUUAUAGGAGAGUAUAAAUAUUCUACUGUUAGAAAUUUACCAUCAGAAUACCAAAACAUAUUUUCUACUAAUAAUUCUGGUGUGUUUAUUGAAGAAAGUAUGAAUGUUGAAAUAGAGGCCAUGGAUGAAGUUUGUAGCUUAAUCCCUGAAGUCGAUGAUUUACCUACAGUAGAAGAGAUAGAUAAAGAACUUUCAAAUCUUGGUGCAACAGUAGAAACUAAAGCUGACGAAAGUAUAAAUAAUAUUGACAAUACUUUACAAACUGAUUUAAUAUCUGAUAUAGAAUCAUCAGUUGUGGGUGAUGUUGUUAAUUUAGAGGAAACUUUUAGGUUUUACUAUUCACAAAAUUCUUGUAUACUCACAUUGAAGCACCCAUCAGAACUUUUUAUACAAGGAAAAGUUCAAAUUAAAGCCUUAGGUGGAUCAGUUGAAUUAUUUGGAUAUAAACUUAAAGAUGCUUAUUGUAAUGUUUAUGCUCCAUAUUAUAAUUUUGCUCAAAUUAUAAAGACUGUAGAAAAUCCAAAUGUGUAUUAUGGUUUGUUUCGUAAAUUAACCUCUGCUGGUCUAUCGGUGGCUGAAGCUGAAGAUAUAGUCACAUCUAUUGGAGAUCAAGAUGGAGUGGUUUUAUUACAGCCACUAAAUGAAACCAGGAUGGAUUUUGUAGAUAACAAUUUUAAAGUUACAAAUCUAUUUGUCAGGCCAAAUAAAAUUAUAGAGCCAUAUUUCAAAAAGGCAUCGGAUAUUUUAAAUUGUUCCUUCUUUUCUGCGAGGCCGUGGAAGAGCUUUUGGGUGCAUCCAAGUUGGCAGGAUGUAAAUAGUUAUGCUCAAAGGGAGCAAAGUAGAGGUAUAGUUUGUGGAGGUAAAGGUGUUGGAAAGUCCAAUUAUUUAAGAUACCAAGUGAAUAAACUCCUUGAAAACGGUCCAGUUCUUGUAUUAGAUUUGGACCCUGGACAAUGUGAGUUUACUGUAGCAGGAAGUAUCUCGGCAACUAUUGUGACUACCCCACUUUUUGGACCAAGUUUUACUCACCUCCAGAAACCAGAAAUAAUGCUAAACAUAGGCUUAAUCAACACAAUGGAUAAUGCACAACGUUAUGUCUCCGCCAUCCGUAGUCUUAUAACUCAAUGCAAAUAUAACAAGGCUCUGGCCAAAAUGCCGUGGAUUGUAAAUACCAUGGGAAUGACGAAUGUGUUGGGACUCAAGUUUAUAACUCUCAUUAUUAUUCUUUUGAAACCUACUUACUUGUUACAAUAUGAAUCUAAAAAGAAUAACAAACGAUUUGAUACAUUACUAACAUCUAAAAACAUAAAGCAUCUAUAUGACAGAUAUAAAAGAGACCGCUUGUUUGCUAACACGUCGUACCCUAAUGACUUGAAUUAUUCCUGUGUCGUAGCAGAUGAUACAGACAAAUCAGUACAAAGCAAAUUUUCUUUAAGACCGAAGGAUGAAAGAUACUUGAACUUCUUGGCUUAUUUUAGCCAGUUGAUAAAUAGAGAAAACAAUUUACUAGGAGUUGUACCGUAUAAGGUUCCUUUAAAAGAGUUUUAUAUCGCCACAAAUGUAAUUGUAAAGGAAGAUUGCAUUACAAAGGUGAUCAAUGGAAAAGUGGUGGCACUGUGUCAACACGCGAGACAAUGCGAUAGUGCGUGCGCGAAGGUGUUUACAUUGUCCGAUAAACCGCUGCGGUGUCACGGACAUGGGCUUAUUAGAGGAAUAGAUUGGGAAAAGGAAAUUUUGUAUAUUAUAACCCCAGUGCCAAGCAGUGAACUCGCCAGUGUAGACACUUUGAUGUAUGCGGACUGGGUUCCAGAACUAGUGGGUCAGGAGAACCAGCUACCCAAGGGUACUGUGGUCCCAUACCGCACCGUCACUCAAGAACACGACAAACAACUCUUGUCCACACCACGCAGAAGGUUCAACCCUUUGCAGCUGUUAAAAAUGACAAGGAGUUCCUAAAUUGAAAGCUCGGUUAAUUAGUUAAUAAAUUUGUAAUUGGAAUAGAUCCAAAAUAUCUUAAAUUAUAAAAGGAAGUCUAAUUAUGUUAAUUCAUGUAUAUUUGAAUGAUAAUUUUGUACUUACAAUACUAAUAAAACAUAACAUAGA